UCUGAAAAAUGUCUGGACGUGGUAAAGGAGGAAAAGGUUUGGGAAAAGGAGGCGCCAAGCGUCACAGGAAGGUGUUGAGAGAUAACAUCCAGGGUAUUACCAAACCGGCCAUCCGUCGUCUGGCUCGUCGAGGUGGUGUGAAACGUAUCUCUGGUUUGAUCUACGAAGAGACCCGUGGUGUGUUGAAGGUGUUCUUGGAGAACGUCAUUCGUGAUGCUGUCACCUACACCGAGCAUGCCAAGAGGAAGACCGUCACCGCUAUGGAUGUGGUCUAUGCUCUCAAGAGACAAGGCAGAACUCUGUACGGAUUCGGAGGUUAAACUGGUGAAGUUUUUCUAACUUCGAGGUCGUGAGUAGCGACAAAACCCGGCCCUUUUCAGGGCCACUCAUAUCUUAAUAAUAUUUUCAUUUCAAUUACCAGCAGGUCAUCUAUUAGUUGACAGCAAGAGAAAGAUUAACUGCGAUAUUUGCAUAUUCACUCGGAAGGAUUAUAAAUAAACCAAUCAAAGAAUGUUUCGCCGUAAGUUGGCUGCCGAGUUUCGGUGGGAAAAACAGGGCUCGUGGGGUCGGCAAUCCCGGUGUUCCCACUUCAUGUGUCGUUUUUAUGUUGUGCUGUAAAAAUUUGUGUAUCAUUCGA